UUCCUGGCCAAUUCAAAUAAAAUGUCGCAGAAACCCGCACCCACGGCCAUCGACCACUUCGACUCAGCGGCCGCGCAGUAUGAAGCCUCCACUGGUGGAUGCACUCGAGAACUAGCUCGGUUGCUUCUCGACAUUCCGCCGCUCGAGAGUAUCUACCAGCCAAAUGCGGUCGUGCUUGACAAUGCAUGCGGGACAGGCAUCGUGGCUGAGGAAAUCAUCCUGCGUGCUCGCCGAACAAACGCAAAUGUGCCCAGUAUUCACGCCGUCGACCCUGCUCCCAAUAUGGUCGAGAUCUCUCGCAAGAAGCUAGAUGUUCUUGGAGCAUCUGCAACUUCAAGCACCGCCGUAAUGCCUGGCGAAAAGCUGGAGUUCCAGGAUGGGAUGUUUACCCACAGCAUCACAAACCUAGGCAUCCUCUUCUUCACAGAUGGAGACGCGGGGGCAAAGCAGAUAUAUCGCACUCUGAAGCCUGGCGGUGUUGCCGUGGUUACUUCUUGGGCUGUUCUCGGCUAUCUAGAGGUAAUUCGCCCAGCCCAGAGUGCAGUGCGGCCAGACGAUCCACCAUUCAAGCUACCCAUUCCAGAGACAUGGUUUGAUCCGGCUUCGGUUCAAAAGUGCCUGAAAGACGGCGGGUUUGCAAAUGUCACCGUCUCUGAAAGUAUUGUUCACUACGGCGCGCCAUCUGCAGAGGACUUGCUGGACCUGACCCUGAACUCGUUCAAGAUGCUUUGGAAGGACUGGUCGGAAGAUGACCAGAACAAAUUUCGUCAAGUGGCUCGUGAAAAGAUCGACGAGACAUCUUGUUCCUACACUAUGAAUGAUGGAAGUCAGGGCGUAGGCGUUCCUAUGACAGCUAUUGUUGCGGUCUGCCAGAAGUGA